AUGCCGCCGGCGGCGCUGACCGAUGAUCUAAUCGAAGAGAUCCUCCUCCGCUUCUCCCCAGAAGAGCCCGAGCUCCUCGUCCGCGCCGCCCUCGUCUCCAAGUGCUGGUUCCGUCUCAUCUCCGACCCCCGCUUCCGCCGCAGGUUUCGGGAGCUCCACCGCGCGCCUCCGAUGCUGGGGUUCUUCUGCAACGACUACCUUACCUCCCGAUUCGUCCCUACCUCCUCCGCCCCCCUGCCCCACGUCAUCCGAGUCGAUUGGCGCUCCGUCGACGCGCGCCACGGCCGCGUCCUCCUCAGCGCGGCUUCCUGGCAUAGUUUCUCGUUCGGCUGUUCGGGGGACGACCUCGUCGUCUGGGACCCCGUCACGGGCGACCACCACCGGCUUCCCAAGCUGCCGGAUCACAUGUAUCCGCACCCGUACUGCUGCAACUGGACUGCGGCGGUGCUAUGUGCCGCGGCGGAGGGCGGCUGCGACCACCUUGACUGCCACCGUGCCCACUUCCUCGUUGUCUUCGUGUGCAUCGGCUCAAGGGAGGCGGUCGCCUGCGUCUACUCAUCGGAGACUGGUGCAUGGAGCGGGCGAGCCUCUGCUCAGCUUCGCCGUGCCCGCGUCCAUCUGGCUGCGCCCAGUGCCCUUGUGGGGAAUGCACUCCACUUCAUGUCUGGUGACUAUGGGAGGAACAUCAAAAUCCUGAAACAUGAUUUGGGCACGCAGGAAAUAUCUCUGAGGGCCGUUUAG